AUGGUUGGUACGGAGAUGCUCGCGGCCGCGGCUGUGAGCCAGGUCGCCCGCAAGAUCGGCGAAAUCAUCGGCGCCGCGCAGGGCGAGGUCACGCUGUGCUGCAGUUUCAGCGACGACCUGGAGAGCAUAAAGGACACUCUGGUGUACCUAGAAGACCUGCUGAAAAAUGCGGAGAGGAACUCCUUCGGAAGCGAGAGGGCAAAUCUGCGGCACUGGCUCGCCCAGAUCAAGUCCCUGGCCUUCGACAUCGAAGACAUGGUUGACGACUACUACUCUUCCAAGGAGCAGUUUGAAGGGAGCAGCAGCUAUGCUCAGAAGGGAUCAUUGUUCUGCUCACUUUCCAAUCCCGUGAUUUCGAAAGUUAGCAUGGUUCAUAAGAUGAAAUCCAAGAGAGAGUUGUUGCAGACAAGGCAACACUUGCCUAAUCAAUAUCAUUUCAUUUCACAUAUUAACUCAGUGGUGGAUUUUGAUGAGAAGCAGACAACAUCAUACAGAAAUAGUGACAUUACUCUUUUUGGGAGAGAUAGAGACUUAGAAAAUCUCAUGGACAUGAUAAUGCAGAAAAGUGUCAGUGAGAUUUCCAUUAUUUCUAUAGUAGGGCCCAUGGGUCUCGGGAAAACAAGCCUUGCGCAGCUAGUUUUCAAUGAUGCCAGAACAAAGGCAUUCAGCUUCAGGAUAUGGGUUCAUGUUUCCAUGGGUAAUGUCAGCCUUGAAAAAAUCGGGAGGGAUAUAGUUUCACAAACUACCGAAAGGAUUGAGGGAAAUAUGCAAUUACAAUCAAUUAAGAAUGAUGUUCAAACCAUACUUAAUAAGUAUAGCUGCUUAAUAGUAUUAGACAGCUUGUGGGGUAAAGAUGAAGAAGUGAAUGAGCUGAAGCAGAUGUUGCUCACUGGUAUACAGACAGAAAGCAAGAUUGUAGUGACCACCCAUAGCUAUAAAGUUGCUGAGUUGGUGUCUACUGUUCCGCCUUACAAGUUGUCUGCAUUAUCUGAAGAUGACUGUUUAAAUAUAUUUUCACAAAGGGCAAUGGCUGGGCGUGGUGACCCACUGUUCAGGGAAUACGGAGAAGAAAUUGUUAGAAGGUGUGGCGGCACACCCUUGGUUGCUAACUUUCUUGGAUCUGUUGUGAAUGCUCAACGACAGAGGCGUGAGAUUUGGAAAGCUGCCAAGGAUAAAGAAAUGUGGAAGCUAGAGGAAGAUUAUCCUGAAGACAAAAUUUCACCACUAUUUCCAUCUUUCAAGAUAAUAUAUUAUAAUAUGCCUCACGAGCUAAGAUUAUGCUUUGUAUACUGUUCAAUCUUCCCUAAAGGAUCUGUUAUAGACAAGAAAAAACUUAUUCAGCAAUGGAUUGCACUUGACAUGAUUGAGUCCAGACAUGGAACCUUACCUCUGGAUGUAACUGCUGAGAAGUAUAUUGACGAACUCAAAGCAAUAUAUUUCCUUCAAGUUAUAGAAACGCAUCAAACUGCUGGAGAAAUAUUCAAUGCAUCAGAGGAAAUGCUCUGCAUGCAUGAUUUAGCACAUGAUCUUGCUAGGUCAGUUGCUGGUGAAGAUAUCCUUGUGAUUUUGGACGCGGAGAAUGAACGCCAUAAUAGAUUUUGUGAUUACCGUUACGCACAGGUGUCAGCUUCUAGCUUACAGUCAAUAGACAGCAAGGCUUGGCCUUCUAAGGCAAGGUCACUCAUUUUCAAGACUAGUGGUACAGAAUUGGAAGAUGUCAGCGAAGUUUUUUCAGUGAACAAGUAUCUGCGCGUUCUAGAUCUUAGUGAAUGUUCUGUUAAUGAGAUACCUGCUUCUGUUUUUCAGCUGAAGCAACUGCGGUACCUUGAUGCUUCCACUUUGUCCAUUACAACACUCCCUCCUCAGUUUAGUAGCUUUAAUAAGCUACAAGCGUUGGAUCUUUCAGAAACUGAACUUAUGGAAUUGCCAUCCUUCCUCAGCAACUUAAAGGGCCUGAAUUAUUUGAAUCUCCAAGGUUGCCAGAAACUUCAGGAAUUGAAAAGCCUUGAUUUGCUGCAUGAUUUACAUUACCUAAACUUGUCAUGCUGUCCUGAAGUUAGAAGCUUCCCUGAAUCUAUUGAAAACCUCACCAAACUUCGUUUCUUGAACCUCUCACGGUGUUCUAAGCUUCCGACGUUACCUAAUAGACUACUGCAAUCAUUUGCUAGCCUUUGUUCUCUUGUAGAUCUUAACUUAAGUGGUUUUGAGUUCCAAAUGCUGCCUGAGAUUUUUGGCAACAUUUGUUCACUUCAAUAUCUGAAUCUAUCAGAAUGUUCUAAACUUGAGGAGCUCCCCCAAUCAUUUGGCCAGCUGGCAUAUUUGAAAGCCCUAAAUCUUUCAUCUUGUCCUGAUCUUAAAAUUCUCGGUUCCUUUGAAUGCCUUACUUCUCUUCAGUUUCUGAAUCUCUCAAACUGCACUAGUCUUGAAUAUCUGCCACUGUGCCUUAAAAAGCUCCAAAAUCUUGAUGUUUCUGGCUGCCAGGAUGGUAUAGUACAAUCCUGUUCUAGCAGCUCUGGAAGUUCCCCAUCUCACCAAUUUUCAGAGCAAGCUGAGCAGGUCAGAUUAAGUAUUGUUAUCUCAGAGAUCAUUCCGGAGGCGCCUGUGAUUGGAGAUCUGAAAGGAAAGAAGAAAUUAGCAUCUGCUUCAGGCUUGGAUGUAGUGCCUGAAGUUGUUACUAAGCUAAAUGAAACUGAAGACACACCACUUAUUCCAGGGCGCCCGUUCUCAUUGUCUUCAUCUCAUUCUUCGUCCUUUGCUUCAAGCUCAAGGGCACCGUUGGCAUAUGUCUCAUCUUCGGAUGUUUCAAAGAACAAUAAUUUGGUGCCGAAUGGAGAGAUAACAGGUACUCAAUCCAACGAAAAAUGCCAAGAGCCUCAGGACCUCGUAAAAGAUGCUCUGAUUACUGAAGAAAACAUAUGCUCAUUGGACACACCGGUUCAUGUGCAUGAAGUGGCCACCGUAGAAGGCGACGCUGACGGCCACGUAAUCAAAUAUAAUGGAGUAUAUCAGCACAGCGUACUAUGUGACAGGCCAAAUCAAGGGGUUGUCGUACAGCAGUCCAACUGA